GAAGGGAGCAUAGGACGAGCGCUGCGGCGCAUCUCGGUGCGAGAGCUUCACGGGUUUGUAUCAGAGAUUCAAGAUUCAGAGACACUAAGAUGUUUGCCCAGUACGGAUCGGCGAUCGGCGGCCUCGUGCUCGUACAGGCAAUGCUCCAGCAAUACUGCCCUUCCGAAAUCCGGGACCUCUUGGAACGUUACUUCCACAAGGGGGUGAGCUUCUUCGAUCCCUACAUCGAGAUCUCGUUCCACGAGUUCCCGGGCAAGUACAUGAAGCGCAGCGAGGCCUUCACCGCCAUCCAGAACUACCUCACUGAGAACGCGGCUUCCCGGGCCAAGAGGCUCAAUGCGGAUUCCGUCAAGGACAACCGGCCCCUCAUCCUGACCAUGGCCGACCACGAGCAGGUCACCGACGAGUACCACGGCGUGCAGAUCACGUGGUAUGCGAACAAAACUGUCCCCGCGACCACGACCUUCUCGUUCUAUCCCGUGACGCAGAACCUGAGGUACUACACGCUCAAGUUCCACCGGCGCGACAGGAAAUUGAUCACUCAAUCUUACAUCGACCACGUGCUGACCGAAGGAAAGGCGAUCGUGAGCAGAAACCGGCAGCUGAAGCUCUACACGAACGACCCGCAGGACUCCAUGUGGAUCCAUGCGUUGUUCAAGCAUCCCGCGACGUUCGAGACCUUGGCUAUGCACCCUGACAAGAAGAGGGAAAUAAUGAACGACCUCACGAAGUUCACCGAGGGGAAAGAGUACUAUGCUAAGAUCGGCAAGGCUUGGAAGCGCGGGUACCUGCUUUACGGUCCGCCCGGGACCGGUAAGUCCACCAUGAUUGCGGCCAUGGCUAAUUUCCUAAACUACAACGUGUACGAUCUAGAGCUCACGGCCGUUAAGGACAAUACGGAACUGAGAAGGCUUCUGAUCGAGACCUCGAGCAAGUCGAUCAUUGUGAUCGAGGACAUCGAUUGCUCGCUCGAUCUCACGGGCCAGAGGAAGAAGGCAGAGGAGGAGGAAUACGACAUGGACGACGACGAUCCUGUAAAGAAGAUGACCAGAACAGAGAAGAAGAGCAGCAAGGUCACUUUGUCUGGUCUUCUUAACUUCAUCGAUGGGAUUUGGUCCGCUUGUGGUGGGGAAAGAAUCAUAGUAUUCACGACCAAUCAUGUCGACAAGCUCGACCCUGCUCUUAUACGGAGCGGAAGGAUGGAUAAGCACAUCGAGAUGUCGUAUUGUUGCUUUGAAGCAUUCAAGGUCCUCGCGAGAAAUUACCUGGACAUUGAGCACCAUCCACUGUUCGAAACAAUAAGCCGGCUGUUCGGCGAGACCGACAUGACUCCUGCCGACGUCGCGGAAAACUUGUUGUCCAAGUCCGACGGCAAAGACGCGGAGGCUUGCUUGGGGAACUUGAUACAAGCGCUCGAAGCAGCGAAGAAGAAGGACGAGGAAGAAGCGCGACUGGAGGCGAAAAGGGAGAGGCGAGAGAAGAGAUUGAAGUGGUGGAGGGAAACUACAAAGAAGGCGAAACGUAUGCUAAAGAAGGGGAAUUGAGCGGUUUCAUCGGAGAGAGAACGAGUCCUGAGGAAGUGAAAGACAAUGGAAUGGCUGAUUCAACUCAGAUGGCGGGUCCAAUUGAGAUCAGUUUAACAAAAUUGAAGUCGUUAAGCAGAAUUUGGAAAUAUUUAGCAGUCCACAUGAAUUUUUUUUUUACCCUGUUAUUGCUUUGGAAAUUAGUUCACUCCUUUUAACAACUGCAGAUCAUUUGGGUUAU